GACGAGGAGGACGUGGACCACUCCGGCGACGAGGCCUGCGUUGCUGAGGCCCUCUCCUGGCAUGGCAAGGUCGACCUCGACAAGAUCGACGAGUCUUGUGUCUUCUUCAGGCAUCGCCAGUCGAGGGUUGUUCAUCUGACUGCCGACGAGGGAGGCACAAACCUUGGCUGCGGUAGAUCCAUUUCGGGCCAGUACAGGAAGCUGGAAGCUCGGCCCACAGUUUUGCAUCCCCGCUGCAAGCAGUGUUUCAAGAAAUAUGUUGGCUUGGAUGCUAAGGAUGUGGAAGCCCUCGAGAAGGUGGGCGUGAACUCUCUCGCCAAAGUGGCGUUCAUGACGAGUUACACGCCGGGAUCCGGCGACGAUAAAGAUCUCAUAGCAGCAUUCGAGUCGGCUCUCGGGUCACCACCCUCCGUGGGACAGAAGAGCUCAUUCCGACGCCUGUUUCAUGAAUCGUACGCUGUCACCACUUCUGAGAUGAAACUUCUUGUGGAAAGAACAGACGAAUCUGUUCCCAGAAAACUGAGU